AUGUGCGAAGACAAGAAGCAUCACUUUUCUAUUUGUCCAAAACGGAUAAGCAAGGACAAUGCUACCGCACAACAAAAACGAGAUGGCCCAGCUGGAAUCCCACCCACCAUUAAACGUGGGAAACAAGACAAAAGACUUGCGAAAGUGCGAAAUAAGAAGUCAGGAAACCUUCAAGAUAUUGAAAUUCUUUUGGAUACAGGAGCUGAUAGGUCGUUUAUUCACGGGCAACUGGCAGAUGAUUUAGAGUUGUCAAUAACGAACAAAGUGGAUUUAUCAGUCUACACAUUCGGAGAUAAAUCUCCAAAAAGGCAAAAGUAUGACGUUACCCCUCUCCAAAUUUGGGAUGCUUUAGGAGAUAGUCAUACUUUCCACUUAUGUAAAACCGAUGUCAUUACGGAAAAGGCUAAACAAGUUCAACUUACAUCAGAAGACGUAGAGUACUUGCAGAAGAAAAACAUUAAGUUGUCCAAAAAGGAACAUACGUCUGUAAACCCUCAAGUAUUACUAGGUUGCGAUCAACUCUGGCCUCUAUUGUCCACAACUAACCCUCAGCAUAUAUUACCAUCAGGUUUAAUGGUGAUCCCUUCUAAAUUGGGAUAUCUGCUGAGCGGACGACAAGAACGAAGCAGCGAAAAAAAGUACUCACUGCGAAAAAGCGGGAACUUUCAUAGUGCGAGAAUAAGUGCCCUCGAUGCAGAAGAAGUAGAAGAGUGGGACCGGUAUUGGUCACUCGAAUCUUCUGGCAUUGAGGAGUAUGCAGGAACAAAGUGUGAAGAAAAAGCGCAGAUCAACGCCGAGAUCAUGCAGUAUUUUAACAACACGAUAGAGAAGCGCCAUGACGGAUACUAUGUCCGCCUCCCUUUCAAGAAAAAUUGCGACACAUUGCCUACAAACAAGACGUUAGCAUAUCGCCGCCUUAUCAGUGAGCAACUCGAAAAAGGUAUCAUUGAAGAGGUUCCUAAUACAGGGGAAAACCCUUCUCGUCUGGUUCAUUAUUUACCCCAUCAACCUGUGGUGACACCACAAAAGCAAACAACAAAGUUACGUGUUGUUUUUGAUGCGUCAUCCCACCUUAAGGGUUUUCCUUCGCUGAAUGAUGCGUUGCAUCAGGGUCCCCUUAUUCUGCCAGAACUAUAUGGAAUACUAUUGCGGUUUCGUAUGAAACCUCACGUAGUUAUAUCUGAUGUUGAAAAGGCAUUUCUGCAGGUCCGGCUGCAUGAACAGGACAGAGACGUAAAAAGAUGUUUUUGGAUAAAAGAUACGGCUCUCCCACCUGAAAAAGACAAUAUUGUGACUUAUCGGUUCACAAGAAUUACAUUCGGUUUAAACGUUUCUCCUUUUCUACUAGCGGCAACUAUUCGAUACCACCUAAAUCAUGAGCCUAAGGACCAAAAACUAGCAUGCGAAAUCGGCGAAAACUUAUAUGUGGAUAGCCUUAUAUUAACAGGCGACAGCGAAGAGGAAAUUUUGGAGAAAUCCCUAACAACCCGUAAGGUAUUUCUUCAAAUGAACAUGAACUUGCGUGAGUUUCUUGCAAAUGACAGCAGGGUGCAGGAGAAAUUCCCAAACGAAAUCUGCGCAAGCAAAGCAACUCAGAAAGUUCUGGGAAUCCCUUGGGAUGCCAAUAACGACACAAUAUCAAUAAAGUGCAAGUUUAUGGAUACACCAAACAUCACGAAAAGAUCCAUUGCUCGUCAAAUUGCCUCCAUAUACGAUCCUUUGGGGUGGUUAGUUCCAUUGCUUAUCCCGCAUAAAUGUUUCCAACAAAAGUUAUGGCUAGAAGGCUAUACGUGGGAUCAAGAAUUAUCACCUCAGCUUUGCAAACAAUGGGAAACGAUGAGACAAAAUGCCAAUGACUUUCAAAAGACUUUGAAACGUGAGAUAUUAGUGCAGGCCCCUACCGACAUGGCGGUCUUUGCCGAUGCAAGCAACCAUGCCAUGGCUACAUGUGCUUACAUUGUCUCUGACCAACAUCCUCAUUACUAA